GUCAAACAGUCUUAUACACUUUUAUACUUUCACAUGCCCUAGCUUCUGAGGGCCUAGCAGAAAAGUUAAUAGAAGCCGAUACCAGCUGAUACUUUGAUAUACAGAUUUUUCAUCAUGGCUUCCUUUGCAUGGACUUUUAGAGGGAAUAUCAGCCGGUUUUUAACGGAUGUACAGAUAUUGCAAUAUCUUAUUGUAUUUAUAAGUUUAUUUAAUCUUUCUCUAUGUCUUUAUGAGGACCAAGUGGGAAAAUUCGAUUGGAAACAAAAUUAUGUUGGCAAAAUCAAAUUUGCCAGUUUUGACACAAUUUCAACGGCUAAAAAGAUUAUUGUUGCGACCGAAGAAAAUGUUAUUGCCGCAUUAAAUCUAAAAACAGGUCAAAUAUUAUGGAGAAGGGUAUUAGAGAAAGGAUACGCUGGUCGUAUUCGUACAUUGGGAGGUGUUGCAGAUGGAGAUCUGAUAUCUGUAAGUGGUGGAGUUCCAGCUCUUGUUCGUGCAUGGGAUUUAGCUACAGGGCAUAUACUUAAUGAAUGGCCAAUUGCUGAACAAAACUCUGAUAGACAUGAUUCUACAUUUAGAUCCUUUUCUACAUUGGGAUUGUAUACUGCUAACAGAAUAGAAGAAGUAAAAUGGCAUAUCAAAGAUGGAACAUUACACCAUAUUUUACCUAUCUACAAUAGUGGAGUUGAGGUAACAUCAUAUGAUAGUAAAACUGGUGAAAAAUUAAAAUCAAGAAAAGUAUCAGCUCCAUUUAUAACUUCUGAAACAGAAUGUGUUUUAGUUGCCCCAUAUUUAGCUUGCUUAAAGGGGGACAAUUCUUUAGGCAUGCUGUUUUUAGUACAUUUAUUUAAUACAAAUAUAGAACCUCAAAUGGUUACUAUAAAUACUAUAUUUGGUGCUGGAACACAAGGACCAUACCAAUUGGAAUCUGUACUUGGAGAUGAAACUGUAAUAUCUAUCACUGCAGAUAACAAUCAAAGGAAACGAAUUCUUGUUGUUGGAGAAACUUCAGUUCCAAUUCAAAGAGAUAUUGCAGGUGAUACAACUCUAUAUAUCACUUCUAUAGAUAAUCAAAAAGUAUUGCUAGAAUCAACUUACAGAAAUGAAAUUACAGAAGUUGUAGCAACAGAUCUUUUGACAUUUAAUCCACUACCAAACAUAACUGGAACUUCUUCACAUGUUUCAUUGUUAUCACCUGUAAUAGUGGCAUCAGUUUGUGUACGUCAAACAAAAGGAUUAACAUGCCGUUAUUUGUUGUCUUCACAAGAUCAUAGUAUUGCAUUGUUGCAACAUAACAAAUUAGUAUGGGCAAGAGAAGAGGCACUUGCAAAAAUUGUAGCUGUUGAAAUUAUUGAAUUACCUAUGUCAGAUAGAGAUCAAGCCAUCGAAACAGAAUUUGAUCAGAAAGAAAGUAUUGAUGUAGACAUUUCAUGGGAUGUAUUAAGCAUGAUGUUAAGAAGAAUUAUUUCUCAAUUUAAUCAAGCAAAAGCUUUUAUACAAUCUAUGCUAGACUUGGUUCCACAGCAAUCUAAUCAACGAACCGAUUUAGUACGAGAUAAAUUCAAUUUACAUAAAAUGAUUGUCACUGUUACAUCAGCUGGAAAGAUCUUUGGUAUUGAAACUAGAAAAGGCGAAAUUAUUUGGCAACUUAAAAUACCAAAUAUUCGUGGAUUUAACAAAAUAUCAGAUACAAUGGUUUUAUACGUACAACGAGGAAGUAGGCAUUUUCCUUAUCCACCUCAAUGUGCAUUAUUAGCAGAAGAUAAAGUAUCUGGAGAAGGUAUUAUAUUUACAUUCAAUCCAAUUACUGGACAGCCUUUAGAUGGAUUGAUAAAAUUAGGAUACAGAAUAAAACAAUCUAUGUUACUUCAUGUAACGACAGAUGAUUUUCUACGAGGCAUUCUUAUACUCGAUGCACGAGAUAAAAUUCAUGUCUAUCCUGAAAGUGCAACUACUAUUGCAGCUUCUCUGGGAAAGAAUACUUAUAUAUUUACUGCAGAUCAAACUACAGGCUUGUUAUCUGGAUUUUCUCUUUCAUACAGUACAUCUCAGGAGUUAAUAGCUCAUAAAGUUUGGGAAUUAUUACUCUCUCCAAAAAAUCAAAAAAUAAUACAAGUUAUCUCAAAAAGUCCAAUCGAACGUGUCCACUCUCAAGGUAGAGUUUUAAGUGAUAGAUCUGUCCUAUAUAAAUACAUCAAUCCAAAUUUAGUAGCAGUGGUAUCAGAAGGUGUUGGAAGUACUCACAAAAAUACACUCAAUCUUUAUUUACUGGAUGUAGUAUCAGGUGCCAUGAUAUUUUCUAUUGUGCAUAAAAGAGUUCGUGGUCCAUUUCAUAUAGUACAUUCUGAGAACUGGUUGAUAUAUAGCUAUUUUAAUGAAAAAAGUCGAAGAACAGAAAUUGCAACUUUGGAACUUUAUGAAGGAAAAAUACAGAGUAAUACAACAGUGUUUUCUUCUUUGGUUACAACCAAAUUACCGAUUGUGGAAAGACAAGCAUACAUUUUUCCAGCAUCAAUAGAAUAUAUGAGAGAGACUAUUACAGAGAAAGGUAUCACUAGUAAACAUAUUAUAGUUUCCCUAGCAAAUGGUGGAAUUAUAGAGUUACCAUGGAUGAUGGUGGAUCCUAGACGUCCUAUUAAUCCUGAAAUGCGUGAAGAAGGUGUUAUACCAUAUAUGCCUGAAAUACCAAUUCAUAUGGAUACUAUUAUAAAUUAUAAUCAAAGUAUAUUUAGAGUAUUAGGCAUUCAUACUAGUCCUAGUGGUCUUGAGAGUACCUGUUUAGUUUUUGUAUAUGGAUUAGAUAUGUUCUACACGCGAGUGGCACCAUCUAAAACAUUCGAUGUGUUAAAAGAAGAUUUCGACUAUUAUCUCAUUGUAAUAGUAUUAGCAGCAUUAUUAAUAUCGUCAUAUGUAACGAAGAAAUUGGCAUCACAGAAGGCUCAGAAGCAGGCAUGGAAAUGAUAACAUUGAUUUUAAUAGAGAAUCAAUGUGUAACAUUCUUAAGUAUUUCAUCACUAUAGGCAAAGUUUUUGCUAAUGAUUUGUAAAAAAAACUGUUUUAUAAAUAGUUAAUUAUAAUACGAAGUAAAUGCAUUAGCUUUGUUAUCUAUCCCAGAAUUUUUUAACACAAUGCUGUAGAAUUUAUAUCUUUACUGGUACAAGGCGCACAGAUUAGAUAGUUUUCUUUUAAAAAUUUUAAAUCUACUAAGAGAUAUGCAAUUUAAUGCAUGCUAAGAGGACCAUACAAUUAAAAGAUUAUCGUAAAUAUCUCAUGUUUAAAGAAUAUCAUUUUUUUUAUAACCGACUUAAAUAAAUAGCAUUUUUCUUUGAAAAAGAGUUUUUAUAUAUACAUAUGUGUGUAUAUGUAUAUAUAUAUAUAUAUAUAUAUAUAUAUAUAUAUAUAUAUAUAUAUAUGCGCUGUAAGAAAAAAUCUACAUGUGCAUAUCUUGUACCCCUACAAAGGAUAUCCAAUUUGUUAUAUCAUCAAGUAUUUUACAUUGUCAUGUAAUAUUUUCCAAAAAAAAUUGUUUUCAUAAUUAAUUAUGAUGUUUUUAAAAAAUGUGUAAAAUACAUUGCUUUUGUUAACAUAAUUAUUAUUUUAUUUCUUUUCACAAGUCCAUGAUAAUGAUGGUAUUAAAUCUUAUUCCGCAUGUAUGUGAAUAUUUCUUAAGUAUACAAAUUUAAAUAAUAAAAUAAUUUCGAGCACAUUCCACUUCAGAAACUUGAAGAGAUGUAGCUUUCUUAUAAUAAUAGCAGUGUGUAUUUCAUACAUAUAUAUUGUGUAGUUAUUUAUGAUUAUUGAAUGUAAAUCACCUACAUGUUUCUAGAAGACUUUUAGUCACAUGGAAAAAAUAUUUUUCGUAGUAGUUUCCCGUAUAAGUUUGCGAGUAUAUACAUAUUUAUUUUAUUGAUUAUAUUCUUAUAUUUAGAAAUAACUUUUUAUUAUCUCCUGUGUUUGACUAGAUUUUUUCUUGGAUAUAUGUAAUUAUUAUUCUUACAUUUUUGAGAUAUUCAUUUGGUAUAGCAUUUUCUGUAAUCUGAAAGAAUGUAAAAUAAUGAUGUAUAAAAUUCAUAUAUUGAAAAAAGAAAAUAAAGAAAUAUUUGAAAACAUG